GGUAUUUAUUUAAAUAAGGGGCAAGAUCAGACAAUGUCAUUGGAAGAUCUGUCAGCAACCAAUAGGCAAUUCCUUUUCCAGGUAGAGGAACUGAGAGAGCACGUAGCCACCUUGGAUUCCGAGAACCAGGAGUUUCUCCACGACAAGGAAUACAUCAAAGAGCAGCAUAGGUGUCUCCGGGAGACGGUGGAUCACCUUAAGUCCACCAUGGAACACCUGCAGAAAACUGUGGAGGACAUCAAAGAAAGUUUGGACCACGUCAACAUGGCGAUCCACGAAUUAGCGCUGCAGAACAAGUCUUUGGUGACAGCCAACAACGACCUCAACCAGGAAAUGCACGAGGUCACCAGCCAAGUGGCCGUCUUCAAAAACGACAAACCUACCCACGAGAACGACCUCAAGGAGAUGCGGAACCUCCCGUCCGAGGUUCAAAAGUACGUCCGUAACCUGGAGGAUAAACUGUCCGAGAUGGAGAACAACUACCAUGUGGAGAAAACCCAAUCGGGCCAACUGAAGGAGAAAGUCAUGACUAUUCAGCAAGCCAGAGAACACCUGAGGACCCGCAUCAAAGACCUCCAGAACCAACAGGACCUCUGCGUGCAGCAGGCCACGUUUCUGCGGCUGGACCAGGAGAAUCAGAUGCCAGCGGGCAUUCUGAUGCAUGAACUCGUGGAGGCCAGGCUGGUAGGGGUGGCCCGGGACAGGUCGAAGGAAAGGAAGAUUCUGCGUUGGUUAUGGGUGGCAGUCAAAGUUCUGAUGUUAUUGCUGUUUGUCUGCUGCGUAAUCCUCGGCCUUGUCUUGGCGUACACUUGCUUUUUUAAUCCCUUGUUCAUCUCUGACGCACUUGUGGGGCUCCUCAGUGACCAGAGCAUUCAGAAACUUGUGCAUCGUUUCUCCCCGUAUCUCGAACAGAAAAACGAUGGCCUUUUGCCGUAUUGAGAAAUGAAAUUCUAUCUCUCCUUUCGUUGACUUGCUACCUAGGAUGCAAGGAGGAGAGGAUCAAUGAAUUUGGUAGAAGAACAAAAAUGGAUUCUUCCGUCUUGGUUUCCAGCAUUGGAAACAUAUAAUCCAUCGAUAUAUGUAUAUAGAUCUUCUUUUUUCUAUUGUUGGCCCUAUCUUCUUUUUUCCCCCCCUAUUGUUUUAUUGUUUCUUCUUUCGGCUUUUGCUUAAUUAAAGAAAAUCAAAAAUAAACACGAAUGAAUCCAUUGUGUUUUCCUUCUACGGUUUUCCAAAGUGAGAAGAUGCUCAAAAGGGAGCAAAUCAGAAUCAAUUCUUAUAGGAUCCAGUUCACUUGAAGAAAUCAUUUGCAGGAGAACUUAUCUAGCUCGUAGUACCAAUUAAGUUUGGGGGGAAUCUUAGCUAUCUCAAAAGGGAAUGUCCCAAAAGUGCUUUUUUCAAGAGGCACCUGGACUUACUGGGGUUUUUUUUUCUUUGAAGAUGUUU